AUUUUUACAUUUUAUAUAUUUAGUAUUAUAAAUCUUUAUAUAUUUUGCUGUAAAGUUGGUCAAACAUAGACAACCGUUGACUUUUUAAAAAACUAAUACACCUUAUAUUUAGGAAUGGAGGGAGUAUCAUAGGAAUCAUAGUAUAUACACACCGACAUGAAAAAACUAAAAAGACAACAAAACGCUAGUCUUUGCACAAAGAAACACUAGCUAAGAAAGAAAAAUACAACCAAGACCGAACUUGGCACCAAGGCCUAUCACAUGCCUCUGAUGCCACCAUAGGAAAAUAAAAAUAACGUAUCACCUCCUCGCCCGAGCUCGACGCGGCUUCAUUGCUAAUAUGCAGCUUUGCGGACCUACAAAGUGGCUCACCAAAGAUGAGACCAUUACCAUUGAACUACUCUGACCGGGGCAACACCUCGAACACGCCAUCGAACUCCAAAUCUAGCACUCCCGCCGGAGGAGGAAACCAUACAUGUCAUCCACGAACCCAACACACGAUCCACUAUCUUUCACAUGUCGUUGAUAAAGACUACAAUGUGCAUUCGCUCCUGGACUUCCUCCAAGCUCCACGUUGGUGCUGGAGCAAACACCGUCCCAACACCGGAGCCCGAAGACACAAGUCCACCACGAGGAUGCCGUCACAACCACUCCAUCCUUACUUGAACAUACUGGUAUUCAAAUUCAUCUCCAACCAUUGGACUGAUCGCAUCAUCAGGGAAGGAUCUGAAAAAUCUUUGUUUAGCACCAUCUUCGCUGCCGCCGAAGCCAGGUCGAUGAACAACAUACAAAAACUAGACUACGAGGGCCUAAAACGAUCCACGCGCGUGAAUCCUGUGACCCCCUUACCACUGACGACCGAGAUCGCCAGCAGAAGGGAGCCGCCGGAAGAAUGGCGGCAGACGGACUCCCCUGGCGGUGGGCAAGGGAGAUCGCUUUUUCUUUCUUCGGUUGGAAGAAUGAAAACUAGAAGACAGAAGCAGUCGACCCCGUUGGGCCAUGAGCUGCUGGGACAUCUUUCUUUGGAAUUAAAUUCGUAUGUCCCGUGGACUAGUGUUGCGUUGGGCACGUACGGUUAGGCGCCAUGACGAUGCAUUAGGUACGUACGUAUACACAUCUUUGUUUUCCAUCGAUCGUUCCUUUUCCAACAGUCCAACUCAAAUUAACACGUUCGUGGCUUUUCCUUCUUUUCCUGUUUGCUUUCCAUAUAAUAAUGCCUACCGGUAGCCGCCAUGGAUACGUACUCGAUCCUGCACAGGAGAGCUACAUGGCGCCACGGACACGCCGACGUAACAGCAUACGAGCACCAGCGCCGGAGACCGCGGCAAUAGUCACGCUCCCGACCGAUCUCCGGCUUGAGAUCGUGGCUCGCUCCGACUUCUCCACAAUCGUCCGUUGUGCUUCUUCGGCAAGACAUCCUCUCCCCGCCGUUCAUCCAGCGCAUCACACAGCAAACGGCUCCCUGCAUCGUUGUUGAUGUGUGCGACUACGGCAGGAAACCCCUCACCUUGGUGCACCCAGCUACGCCCGCUGCCGCGACCUUCUGCAACUGCAAGGACCACCUCUCACCCUUCAUGUUAUGUCGGAUGGCAAAGCUCCUUCGCAAGUAUAGACCGGAGUUCACACAGAAAUUUAGGCAUAAUUAGAAAUUUAGGCAUUGCAGGAGUAGAGUGGAUUAACAAGAUGGUGCACACAGACCUUAAUCAUUCAGCAUGGUUGAUGCUCAAUGUAAUGCCUGAUGACCGUGCUCUGAGAAUUGGCGUAGAUGAUUGUGACAUAGUUGAUAUUACAGAAGCUGCGGCAGCUAACAUAACUGGGAACAGAAUGGGUGGUUCAAAAACGAUUCCAGUUUCUGAAGGUGCCCCAAGCCAAAGUGAAAUCAAAGCUGUGCGAAGCAUACUGAAACUGUACGGCGUAACUGAAGAAAUAACAAUUUCUGAACUGGUCGCACUGUUGUUGGGAGAAAGUAAGAAGUGGGUGGAAUUAAAUUAUGAGGGCGCUGCACGCACAGAGAGAGCGUUUGCAAUGCUUUACCUUUCUAUUGCGCUUGGUCCUGUGGAGAGGAAAUGCUGUGUGAACAGGAAUUCAUAUAUGAUGGUGAUACUUCAUCCUGAUCUGAAUGAUGUCAAUUGGGGGAAAUAUGCUGUUGAUGAGAUAAUAAGCGGCGCCAGGAAACUGAACCGGGAGAAUGCACUGCUUAACAUAACACUACAUGGGUGCCCUGCUCUACCAGAGAUUCUUUAUUUCGACUCCGUCGACACAGGUUUCAUUCAACUAGAUCAGAAAGCAGUACCCAGGAUAAAGUACUACAACAAACAAAUCCUGAGUGCGCUUGUGAAGGCUAACAGCAAAGCAGAUGGUGGGCGCAUUACAUUUGGAUUAAUGAAGGAUCAAUCGAGAAUGUGUCAGCGAUCCCGAGACGGGCCAAGGGCCGACAGAAGAGAAGAGCAGGCCCAAGAGACAGCCUCGCCUUCCGGCUCGGCUAGCUGGGCCAGAAUGGGCCUAGAGUGUCGAACUACAAAUACCCUGAUCCAAGACAGAAGAGGCGGCGAAGAGGAUAACGACUAGGUGGCGUGUGUGGUGUGUGGCUCUUACGAGAGCAAUUCCUCUUGUAAUCCCUCCUUGUAGCUCGAAUCCAUGGCCAUGGCUAAAUACAAACCCUAGACUUCAGAAUCUGGCA